UCUAUAAAUACAAAAUCAACCCCAAUAAAUAUCGAAACUGACCCGUUAUCCUCCUCCAUUCAAUUUUUCAUCUUUUUUCUCACUGUAUCUUUACCUUCGCUUUCUGCAAUUCGCCAUUAUUGAAACUUCGUCCUUACGUUUUUCAUCUAUUGGACCUCAUGGCUUUGGAACAAAAUUUUGUUGAUGAAGAUAUGUUCACUUUUGUAUCUGAAGAAGAUGUUUCCCUUAAGAAGGGGAGUGCAAUUCCAGUUCCAGUUCCAACAUCAAGUUCUGACAAUAUAACAGGAGGUUAUGAUUGCAAUAUUUGUCUCGACUCGGCACACGAUCCAGUUGUCACCCUCUGCGGACACCUCUACUGCUGGCCUUGCAUUUACAAGUGGCUUCAAGUUGAUAGAUCUACUCCGGGAUCAGAAGAGAAAUGUAAAUGUCCAGUCUGUAAGGCUCACAUCUCAAACUCAUCGCUGGUACCUCUCUAUGGCCGUGGAACAUCAUCCACAGAAUCUGAAUCCAAGAAGUCUCAACGGGAUGUUGUAGUACCACGCAGGCCUCAAGCCAUUGAGAUAGCAACUCUCGUUAAUUCAUUGUCUCCAGCUUCUCACGUGAGUCAGCAACUUCAUCACAGACAAUCCGUCCCCUCUGCCUUUGGUAGCUAUGCUGCUUUGGCUCCAUCCAGCUUUGGGGGUACUUCAACGAUCAGUUUGUCCAGCCCAACAGUUGGGGUAUUCGGAGAAAUGUUUUUGGGAAGGAUGUUUGGGAACUCAGACACAAGUUUAUUUGCUUAUCCUCACCCAAACACUUCCACCAUUCCAGGAAGUGGCGGUUUUAGAAUGAGGCAAGUGGAAAAAUCUCUUAACAGAUUAUCCAUCUUUCUUUUCUGCUGCAUUAUCCUAUGCCUUCUCUUAUUCUGAGCGUUUAACAUAUGAUGUAUAGUUGUGAAAAUUAUGCAGACUGUUGUCGCUAACAGUCGAUUAGUAGAUAGUAGAAAUACAUAGGCAUAUAAGAGAUUGAACAACCACCAAAGAAAAGCUUCAUACCGCGUAAAGGUUGCUUUUUCUUUUUCCUUCUACUGUUAUAUUGUUGUGCAUUCCCUUCUCUUUCGCGGAACUUUGUUGCCCUUGAGAAAGUGGCAACAGACAUAGCCAUGGCUAUCUGUUCUGUUACUUUGGUAGUCUCUUGUAAGGAGCCCAGUGAACCUUUUGCUUUGUGGCCCAAAAUGGUCUUUGUGAUAUUGGCAAUGUAAUAUGAGGAAUGAACAUGUUACUUUCCAAAUUUUUUUUCUGUGUUCUUUGA